AUGGUCAGGCUCAAGCAAAGAUACAUACUAUUUGACAUUCUAUAUCCGCCCUCGGUUGAAUCGUCCGAAUCGGCAGAAUUUAGCGUUUCUGAAUCUUCUGCACUUCUCACAUUGCAUCAGACAUCGCCAGCUUCCAUAAACCAUCGUACACUAGUUCAUGCCAUUCGUAAGUCGAUACAGGAGCACUAUGGCGAUUUCGGAGCAGGAUCGGCGGGUCUUCUGGUUUCUAUCAAAUAUUUCAGCAACAAGACUUCUACAGGCAUUAUACGAUGUGGUAGACUGACUUUUCAUACAGUAAUAGGUGCGCUUUCAUUGAUAGACAGUAUAGAAGGCAAUCAGCUAAUAAUCCGAUGUAUCCAUGUGAGUGGCACCAUCAAGAAAUGCGAGGAGUACUCGAUACGAAGAAGCCGUGACCUCAUGCGGUUGAUAAGCAAAGACACGACGAGAAAGAAGGAAGAGUAUGUGAACUCGUUAGACCUACAGGCUGACGAGUUUGAGACCGUUGAACCGGAUCUAGAUAUGGAUUGAAAGGAAUAGAAUGCUUAGCGGACAUGACACUCUUAUUAGAGAAACAGAGAAGUGUACAUACGCUACAAUCAAUAGGUGUAGGUGAUAUCAGAGAAACCCACUGAGGUGGUUGUAAUAUCGUCAUUAUUAGCACUAAUUGGUAAGUGAGAGCACAUAGAGAACUGAAAUAUUAGUGAUUAAUAUACGACAAAAUUU